GUUGUCAAAACAAGACGUCGUCGCGUUGUCAGAAAAAACAGGCACAAAUAAAAAGAAUCGUAAGUUUUCCCGUUCGAUUGGCAAAUUCCGCAGAAUUUUCCUACGGAACUGUUAUUGCGCUUUGUGACUACUGCUAGUUAACCAUAUUUGCUGAUUUAGUUGAAAAUGUCGCAAGAGGUAGAGGAAACCCUAAAGCGGAUCCAGUCGCACAAGGGAGUCGUCGGAACGAUCGUUGUUAAUAAUGAAGGAAUUCCGGUGAAAAGCACUCUGGACAACACAACCACCGUGCAGUAUGCGGGUCUCAUGAGCCAAUUGUCCGAUAAAGCUCGCAGUGUUGUUCGCGAUUUAGACCCAUCAAACGAUCUAACAUUCCUGCGAGUUCGUUCCAAAAAGCACGAAAUUAUGGUCGCUCCGGAUAAGGACUUUUUGCUCAUUGUGAUUCAAAAUCCUACGGAUUGAGCUAGCAAGGCGGUCACCAUAGUGAGUACUAUUUUCCAGUUGAAUAAAAGAAUUGGUAUUUGCUAAAAUCGGUAUUUAUUGUUUAUCUACGUAAGUUUAUCGAAUUAAAUAUCUAUUAUAAUCUAUUAGUUCGCAAAACUUUCAGCGAUUUUAUCGUACAAUACAUAAAAAGAUGAAACAGA